AUGGCGAAGCUCCUCCUUCUCCUCCCGAUCCUCCUCUUCCUGACGCCCCUCGCCUCCGCCGAGAUCAAGAACCUCAAAAUCUCCGCUGAUUCCCGGCCCAUGAUCCUCUUCGAGCGGUUCGGGUUCACGCACACCGGACAGGCCACAAUCACCGUCUCGGCGGUCUCCGUCAUGUCCGCCGUCGGCUCGCCGGAUCCUUCCAGGUUAGGUUUCUUCCUCCUCUCCGAAGAAUCCCUGAUCCAGGUGCUCCUCGAGCUCCAAUCGAACCCUUCCUUUUGCGUCCUCGACUCUAAAUACAUCAAUCUUCUCUUCACUUUCCGAGAUCUGUCUCCUCCGCCACACUCCUCGUUCAACCACUCGUACCCGAUCACCGCCCCGAACGAGUACUCGCUGUUCUUCGCCAACUGCGCCCCCGAAUCUACGGUGACGAUGAAUGUGCGCACGGAGCUUUACAACCUCGACGGCCUUGGUAGAGAGAAGGACUAUUUGUCUGCUGGGCUGACCCAAUUGCCGUCGCUCUACUUCUGCUUUUCUGUUCUGUAUUUUGCGUUCUUGGCCUAUUGGAUCUAUACCUGCUUGCAAAAUAAGAAGUCUGUGCACAGGAUUCAUUUGCUCAUGGGGCUUCUUGUGAUUAUGAAGGCACUGAAUUUGCUCUGUGCUGCAGAGGACAAACAUUAUGUGAAGGUCACAGGGACGCCUCACGGAUGGGAUGUAUUGUUUUAUAUUUUCCAGUUUAUUCGGGUCGUGUUGCUGUUCACUGUGAUUGUUCUGAUUGGUACCGGGUGGUCGUUUUUGAAGCCCUUUUUGCAGGAGAAGGAGAAAAAGGUGUUGAUGAUUGUGAUCCCAUUGCAAGUCUUGGCAAAUGUUGCCUCGAUUGUGAUUGGGGAGACUGGUCCCUUUAUCAAGGAUUGGGUAACUUGGAAUCAGGUUUUCUUGUUGGUUGAUAUUAUAUGCUGCUGUGCGAUUAUUUUCCCGAUUGUUUGGUCCAUUAGGUCUUUGAGGGAGACAUCGAAGACUGAUGGGAAGGCCGCAAGGAAUCUGGCAAAGCUUACACUUUUUAGACAGUUUUACAUUGUUGUUAUUGGGUACUUGUACUUCACUAGGAUUGUGGUGUUUGCACUCAGGACAAUUGCUGCUUAUAAGUACCAGUGGGUGGCUAGUGCAGCCGAGGAGAUUGCCAGUCUUGCUUUCUAUGCUAUAAUCUUUUACAUGUUUAGGCCGGUUGAGAAGAAUGAGUACUUUGCACUCGAUGAUGAGGAAGAAGAGGCUGCAGAGAUGGCUCUUAAGGAUGAAGAAUUUGAGCUUUGA